AUGCCGCAACCAGCUGCAAAAAAGGCCAAGCCAAGCCCAAAGCCACAGGGUGCAUUUGGAAAGGGUGAUAUGCGCACAUACGCCCAGCCUACGCCCAAAGUCAAAAAUGAGCCUGCUGCCAAGGUCAAAGCCGAGCCUGUUGAUGCAGAUUCCAAGGCCGCGUUUGCAGUGUGGCAAAAGAAGGUGGUUGGGCAAUCCUAUGCUUACUACAAGCAACGUUCUGACAAAUGGUUUGCAGAAUUGUGGAAGCGCAGGGAGACACGCAUUACACAUCCUGACUUUGCAGAUUUUCUGCUGACACAGAAGGUGCCCGACCUAGAUGGUAAGUUGGGAUUUGCAGUGAAAAACCCUAAAGAAUGGUGUGACAAAUUUGACGCCUAUGUGAAGGGCAAGCCAUGUCGGGAAGAGCCAGCAAACGAGACCUUUGAGGAUGCUCUUGCCGCUGCGACUGCCGAAGCAUUGGCAAGGAUGGUGCUGAUGGCGAUGAGACGGCGCGAUGAGACGGCGGCAAUACAUGAUGCAGCUGAAGAUGCAGCAUAUGAUAAUACUCCGGCAUCUGCUCAGGAAUGUCAAGAUGAAGUUACGAAAGGCCAAUCCUACAUCAAUGACUGUGCUAUGCGUAAGGAGAAUGAAAAGUUGAAAGCCCAAGAAGCUGCAAGAGCCGCAUUUGAGGCACAUCAUUCCAAUGAUGCGGCCAGUGGCAAUGAUUCCAAGUCCAUCGAGAACAAGCCACCAGCCGGGGACUCUAGCGAGUUGAAGGAAGCUACCAUCGACGAGACCAAACCAGCCGAGGAAUCUAGCGAGUUGAAGGAAGCUACCAUCGACGAGACCAAGCCAGCCGAGGAAGUCAAGAAGAAUGAUAUGACUGAGCCGACAAUUGAGACCUUUGCUGCAGAGCCCGUUGGCAAAGGUGAGUUGGAGAAAGACAAGACAGGUGACACACUCAGGAAAGAUGAGGUGACUGAGCCGAAUGAGAUUGAGACUGCUGAUUGGGAGACCACGAUGGAAGCUACAAAGAACGAGGAUGAAGAAAACAUUGACUUUGACAUUGGUUCAACCAAGGAUGUCAAUGGUGAAGUACAUGAUCCCAACGCACUGCUUGAGCGAGCGCUUGCUGAAUACCCGGACACGGAACGUGUAUACGAAUCUGCUGCCAAGGUGAUGGCAGCAUCGCUUCUCAAGCAUGACAAGGAAACUCCAGGUUCAACUAUCCGGGAGAACUUGCUCAGCUGGCCAUGUAGUGUCACUACUGCAUCAGCUUGUUCUGGAACGGGGUCGUUCGAGCACUGUGCCACCGUUGCUUAUGAGACUCUCACUGAAUUCUUUGACAUCGAGAAUCCAGACGCGGAGGGUGUGAUGCCGACCUUUGGUGCGGAGUGUGUGCCGUUCAAGAUUGACUACCUGAAAAGAGAGUUUCCAUCUGAGGCAUAUUGCAUCUUUGAGGAUGUCACCGUGAUCAAGGAGGGCAAGGGCAUUAAGAACAAGGAUGGAAGCCUAAAGCAGCGAAGGUGCGAGGUCCACAAGUCUACCGAGUGUGAGUUGCCUUGGGAGGUAACCCUCUUUGGUGCAGGCUUUAGUUGCACCAGCUACUCAAAUCUGAACAAGGACUGUCACAAGAAUGCAACCGCUAUGGCUAGAAAAGACAAAGCUGAUGAGUCUGAGGCAAAAGUGGCAUCCGUAUCUACCUUCGAAGGUUGUUUGGAUAUAUUGGAUGAAUGCACUCCUUGGAUUGCAAUCUUUGAAAACGUGCAAAGCAUUGAUCGUGAGGUUGAAGAAGAGUUGCAAACAAACCUAGAGGUGUGCAUUCAAGAGAUUGAAGAGCGAAAUUAUGCUGCUCAAUCGUUUCUCCUGGACGCAAGCUGGUUUGGACUUCCCCAAAGCAGGAAGCGUGUGUAUAUAGUUUGCUUGUCUCUUUCUUGCAGAGAGAUCAGUACAAGCGCUGUGGAGUUCUUUGACACUGUCAAAACACUUUUGAAGAAGGUCUAUAUCACUCCACCUCCUGCGGAAUCUUGA